UUCGCCAAUAAAAACGUUAUUGUCAUUGUAAUUAUUACUUACAUUUAUUUAUUUUAUUUUUUUUCUGAGAAAGUAUCAUCAUUUUGAAAACCGUUGAGAUAACGUGUGUGUGUAUGUCUUGUUUAUUGAAAAAUGAUAGUUGAAGGUAAUUGUAAGUGCUAACAUUUAAACCAAGAGCAUUUGCAUUCUGAUGUAGACCUAAAGUGGCUGAUCCUAGUGCAAGCUGCUUGUCGAUAGGGGGCGCCUUGGUUACACCUCAGUGGAUAUUUAAAGGGCAGCAGCUGCUCCUGCAGGUUUGUCUUCUCAGUCCAUUCAGGUGCAGUCAUGUCCCGUCCUCCCUGCGGACUCCAGCUCUUUGCGCUUCUGAUGCUGCUGAGCGGGAGCAGCUCAGCUGUUCAGAACGACGCCACGGAGUCAGACAGCCCUCAGCUGGUGCACGAUCCUCCAGUCGAGCCGGUUGAUGAAGACACGAACCAUGCGAGGAACGGCGGGAGACGGUUGGCUGACCCCGUGCGUAAUGGCCCAGACCAGAGCCAGGUGGGCUGCAGAGAGCUGAGGUCCACAAAGUACAUCUCUGAUGGCCAGUGCACCAGCGUCAACCCCAUCAAGGAGCUAGUAUGUGCUGGGGAGUGUCUGCCGGCUCAACUGCUGCCCAACUGGAUCGGGGGUGGGGGUUACACGGGGAGCUACUGGAGCCGCCGCGACGCUCAGGACUGGCGUUGCGUCAUUGACCGGACUCGGACACAGCGGAUCCGACUGCAGUGCCAGGAUGGCAGCGCCAGGACCUACAAGAUAACUGUGGUGACCUCUUGCAGGUGCAAGCGCUACUCCAGACAACAGAAUGACUCAGGACACAAGGACACACCUGUCCUCAGUGAAAAACAGAAAAAAGCUCAGAGGAAGGCCGGACUGCUUGAGGAGAGAGCUGAGAGACAGUCUGACAAUUAAUAUCAUGUGUUUAAAUUGUAACCAAAUGUUUAAGGGCUAGGUUAGAGGUCAACAAUGUCAAUUUGUCCCAAAAUAUAAAAAUGUCACAAUGUUGAUUAAACAAGAUUUGAAAGGAGGAACUGUCCAGCAUUUACAAAAAGUGAGAUGUUCAGAUGGUCUCAGUCUAAUUUUGGUGUUAAGUACUUAUCUGGAUCUUGUUAGCCUAGCUUAGCAGAAAGACAGGAAGCAGGGGCAAACAGCUUGUCUGGCUGUGCAAAGAUCAUUAAAUACAUCUCUUUUGUUGGUUUAAUCUUCACACAGAUGUCAAAAUGUGUUUUUAAGGUUUUAAACUAUUUCUU